CAUUCGACCCGCGCAGCGAGCCCCAACCCCACAUCGCCGCGCGCCCCCGAUGGCGUCCUCCUCGUCGGCGGCGGCGCUCUGGACGGCGGCGCCCCACCCCCACGGCAGCUGCAUCAGGAUCCACGCCAUCUUCCACCAGCGUCACCAGCGGAGGGGGAGGAGGCCGGUCGUCGUCGCCUCGUCGGUGAGGCCGCUGCAGGCCGCGAGCCUGGCGGUGGCCACGGCGCCGGUGGCCGUGGCGUCGAGGAGGACGGCGGCGGAGGAGGCCGUCUACGAGGUCGUGCUGCGGCAGGCGGCGCUGGUGGAGGAGGCCACCCACCGCCGCGGCGCGGGGGCGCCGCGGUGGGCGGAGGAGGACGCCGUCGACUGGGGCCUCCUCCUCGGCGACGCCUACCACCGCUGCGGCGAGGUCUGCGCCGAGUACGCCAAGACCUUCUACCUAGGUACUCAGCUUAUGACUCCUGAAAGGCGCAAAGCUGUCUGGGCAAUCUAUGUAUGGUGCAGAAGAACUGAUGAACUGGUAGAUGGCCCUAACUCGUCUUACAUUACACCAAAGGCACUUGAUCGAUGGGAGAAGAGAUUAGAAGAUCUCUUCGAAGGCAGGCCAUAUGAUAUGUAUGAUGCAGCCCUCUCGGACACAGUGUCAAAGUUUCCAGUAGAUAUCCAGCCAUUCAAAGACAUGAUUGAAGGAAUGAGGCUUGACCUGUGGAAAUCAAGGUAUAGGAGCUUUGAUGAGCUCUACCUCUACUGCUACUACGUUGCUGGCACGGUUGGUCUCAUGACAGUACCGGUGAUGGGGAUUGCCCCCGACUCGAAGGCCUCAACCGAGAGCGUGUACAACGCUGCGCUAGCUCUUGGGAUCGCCAACCAGCUGACGAAUAUUCUCAGAGACGUAGGCGAAGACUCAAGGAGGGGAAGAAUCUACCUUCCAUUGGAUGAAUUGGCAGAGGCAGGUCUGACAGAAGAAGACAUAUUCAGAGGGAAAGUGACUGAUAAAUGGAGGAAGUUCAUGAAGGGACAAAUUCUGCGUGCCAGGUUAUUCUUUGAUGAGGCGGAGAAGGGCGUUGCGCAUCUAGACUCUGCGAGUAGAUGGCCGGUUCUGGCAUCUUUGUGGUUAUACCGGCAGAUCCUUGAUGCUAUCGAAGCAAACGACUACAACAACUUCACCAAGCGCGCGUAUGUAAACAAGGCAAAGAAGCUGCUGUCUUUACCGGUCGCUUAUGCAAGAGCGGCAGUUGCAUCAUGAACAAUCACUAGAUCAGAUGCCUUAUUAUUUUUUUUCUUUCAUUUUCUUUUCUUUUGAUUUCGCACGAUUUCUUGGCUGUUGUAUAUAUUCAAGCAGCUACCUGUAUGCCAUAAGCCUGCCACAGUUUUUCUUUAGUUCAAGGGACUGAUUUCAGGUCCCUCAAUACUCAACUCUUGUUAGAAACAAAUACAGAGGGGGUAAGCCCCACAGUUCAAGAAGCAUAUUACUCUUCAUUUGUCUUCAAGAA